AUGGGGAACCAUCUCCUUUUUAAUCAUGCUCCCUUUGAAUUGGUCCAGCCCAUCGACCCAUUUCAGGCUCAUGUCCCUUCUUCAAGCUUACCUGCAGCCCAAAUGGAAAUCCAAAGGCAGGUGGAAGGAGGUGAACAUGAGGAGGAUGAAGAGGAAAAGUUGGGAGCAAUGAAGGAGAUGAUGUACAGGAUCGCAGCCAUGCAGCCGGUGGACAUCGACCCCUCGACGAUCAAGAAGCCCAAGCGACGGAAUGUGCGGAUCAGCGAUGACCCACAGAGCAUCGCCGCUCGCCACCGGAGGGAGAGGAUCAGUGAGAGGAUCAGGAUCCUCCAGCGGCUGGUCCCGGGUGGCACAAAGAUGGACACUGCAUCGAUGCUCGACGAGGCUAUACGGUACGUCAAGUUCCUCAAGAGACAGGUGCAAGAGCUCCAAUCCAGCUCCCCACCUCCACAUAUGGCACAAGUUAUUGCAGGGAAUCAAGCCAGUUCCAUGGACUGGCCUGUGAAGCUGGAUCCUCAUGCCUCAUCCUCCUCCACCAUGGGAGCUCCUCUUGAAUUAGGGUUCGGCUUCGAUGGUCCCAGCGACCACCGGAUGAACUGA